UGAGCAACUAACACAACACACAUGAGGUCAGAUUUCCCAUGUUAUUUAUAAUCUGGUAUAACUAAUGGAUGUGUAUGCAUCUAUUUUAAUACUUAAAAAGGGCAGGUAGGUAAAUGACCUAGAGGUAAAAAGAUCACCUUUUGCGGUUUUCUGCUUGUUGCAUCUUUUAUGGGAAAUGAAGAUUGUCUAUUUCAGUUCUCCGUCCUCAUUCCUAACCUUUUCCAUUUGUGGACGUGGCACAUCUGUGGUGUCCGGGUACUUUCAUAAAACUAUGAAAGUCAUUUUGCAAGAGAGACAUUUAUAUUAUUAAUGUAUCAUGCUAAGGGGAAACUUUCUUGUAUGACUAGCCUGAUUGAAAGAGUUAUCCAAAAAAAAAAAGAGUUAUCCAGGUAGUAAAAGAGAAACAACAGUGGGACGUGUUCUAAAGUGUACUGAGAGUGAAAUUGUCAUUAGUGUUUUUAUGGUUAAUUUAUUAUGCUGCAUAACAUGUUGCUUUGUCUGUUAAGUAGGGAAGAUGUUUGGACUAAGGGCACAUUUCCCUUUAAACCACCGUCGUUGGGGUCGUCUUUGAUGAUUCAUGCAGACUUUACAUUUACUUUGUUGUGACGUUUGUGUUGGGUGACUGUUGGCCUUGUUGAUGUUUGAAGAAUAGACGAAUAGUCGGAGAUAGAUAAGUCAUUGAAGAUUUCCACACUCCCUUUGCAUACAGACGACAUUUUGGAGGUGUUAAGUCUUUGGGGGGAAGUGUACAUUACUAGCUUGUGACCUUGAACACACUAUAUAUCCUCUUGGAGUUUUAUUCCUCAUUUGGGGCUAAGAUGGGGGUAAUAAUCCAUCUGACAGAGUUACUGUGGGUGCGCAGAUGUUUUGUGUGAAGUGAAAUCCAAGCUGUUUACUAUUGUCACAAGUGAGACUUCUGCCCGACUUCUCGGUUCGUCUUGUAGAGCCUCUCUCUGCCUUCUCGCGCUCGUGGUCCAGCCCUUCUCUCCCUCGGCAAUCCGGGCUGCAUCUCGGUCCUCACCUUGCCCCGGGCUGCUCUUCACUGGCUCCUCCUGAGGACAUCACACUUGGAGACUAUGUUUGGGGAGCGGUGGCUAUUCCAUUGUCCUGGGGAGCCGACUCUCGCGUAGUAGAGAACGAGGAACACAGAGGACGAGACCACAGCUCUGCAGGCCUGGGAGCCGAAGCCGUCCGGCGUCAGAACCCUGCCGGCGUCACCAUGCCGUCCUGAAGCCUGCCACCAGACAGUGACUCCAGAGGGGAAAUGAAGCUAGAAAAACGCAUGGAUGCAGCCUCGCCUGCAGCCUGCCCAGAUGUUCGCGGAUAAUCUCCCCGAGAGAAAUUGAGCCCUCGGAUCAGGUAGCUCGUCAGAAUGAAGAAGAUCAGCCUUAAGACCUUCCGGAAAUCUUUCAACUUGAGUAAGAGCAAAGAAGACGCGGAAUUCAUGGUCGUACAACAGCCAGCACUAGCCGGUGACUUCGGCAAAGAGGAGUCCUUGUUCGGGAGCUGCUACGGGAAGGAGAUGGCCGGCUGCGAGCUGCACAGCGAGGACGAAAAGGGCGGCGGCGGCAAGAACCGGGCCAAGAGCGAGAGCCUCAUGGGCACGCUCAAGAGGCGGCUGAGCGCCAAGCAGAAGGCCAAGGGCAAGGGCGGCGCGGCGGCGGGGGGUGCGGCGGACGAGGACACGUUCUCGUCCUCGUCGGCGCCGCUGGUGUUCAAGGACGCGCGGGCGCCGCGGCCCAUGCGGUCCACGUCGCUGCGCAGCCACCACUACAGCCCCACGCCCUGGCCGCUGCGGCCCACCGCCUCGGAGGAGACGUGCAUCCGGAUGGAGGUGCGGGUCAAGGCGCUGGUGCACUCGCCCGGCGCCGGCCCGGCCCUCAACGGCGUGCGCAAGGACUUCGGCGAACCCCACCUCGGCGCCCGGGGUCGCCAGGGUGUACGACUCGGUGCAGAGCAGCGGGCCCCUGGCGGUGACCAGCCUGACGGAGGAGCUCAAGAAGCGGGCCCCGACGACGGGCCCCCCCUCUCCCCGCUGCUACCUCCGCUGCAGACCGACCCGAGCCAAAGGACAUUCUCCGGGCUGGCCGGCCCGGACGCCCACGCGGCCGACAGCGUGCGCUGCCACUUGAAUUUCGACCCCACCUCGGCGCCCGGGGUCGCCAGGGUGUACGACUCGGUGCAGAGCAGCGGGCCCCUGGCGGUGACCAGCCUGACGGAGGAGCUCAAGAAGCUGGCCCGGCAGGGCUGGUACUGGGGCCCCAUCACGCGCUGGGAGGCGGAGGGCAAGCUGGCCAACGUGCCCGACGGCUCCUUCCUGGUGCGGGACAGCUCGGACGACCGCUACCUGCUCAGCCUGAGCUUCCGCUCGCACGGCAAGACCCUGCACACCCGGAUCGAGCACUCGAACGGCCGGUUCAGCUUCUACGAGCAGCCGGACGUGGAGGGGCACACGUCCAUCGUGGACCUCAUCGAGCACUCCAUCAGGGACUCGGAGAACGGCGCCUUCUGCUACUCGCGCUCGCGCCUGCCGGGCUCCGCCACCUACCCCGUGCGGCUCACCAACCCGGUGUCGCGCUUCAUGCAGGUGCGCUCGCUGCAGUACCUGUGCCGCUUCGUCAUCCGCCAGUACACCCGGAUAGACCUGAUCCAGAAGCUGCCCCUGCCCAACAAAAUGAAGGAUUACCUACAGGAGAAGCACUACUGACAGGACCGCAGCCCGGCAUCGUGCACUUUGGGAGUGAGAGAGAGAGACUGAGAUACAGUUUACAGACUCUUCAUCGCCAUCAGAAUCUUUUGCUGCCAUACUCUUUAUUUCAGUUUUAUGUGUAAAAGAGUGUCCAGUCCGUUUAGGGGUGGGGAACCGUCCGCGAGGUGUCUUGGGUUCAUUUUCGUUCUUUACAAAGGGAAGUCUGGAGGUUUGAGGAGGUGUGAAGUCUCUUCCAUCAACGCGGAGAAUAAUCACAAUGUGAAUGAUCAGAUUCUCCUUACCCACCCACCCCCAGUCCUUUGCUGCUAUCCACUGUGAUUUUAUGCAUUAAAAGCACAUUUCAUGUGUAUCCAGUCCUUAGUAGAGUUGAAUGAAACUUGCAGAAUGAACCUGUUAUGUCUCUCUUUCAAUGGCCCAUCUUCAAAGAUAGUGUUGAGUCAGCAUAGCCGUGUGAUUAAUCGCAAGAGUUUACACCUACACCGAAAAUGAUUUUUAAUUUCAUGCUCUACAAAGGUUUAUUCAGAAUUGUGAACUGACAUAACCUUGGGUAAUAGAAUGCAGGUCUGCGACAUAUCUUUCUGCCACAUUCGUUUCUAAAUUAUGUUUGAGGUUGUGCUGUCUGUUGGUUCUUAGAAGCUGGAUUUUUCUGUUGCCUUCAUUUUCAUCUUGUGGUUCGUCUGUUUUUAAUAAAUGGCCUUACAUUAAAAAGUUGUAAAGAAAUGUAUACCACCAAUUUAAAAAUUGUUGCCUUUUCUGUCAUUAAACUCUGGUACAAAUUGGCAUAACAUAUAAAGACCUAUGGAACUAGAACUAUUAAAGAAAUUAUUAGAUGAUUUUAGUUUCCUGUGAUAAGCAAUUUUUUGUUAUCUAUACUUUCCUCUGGUAAAAUGUUUUAUCUGUGAUUUCUUUAGCUUAGACAACAUUUUCUUGGGUGAACUUGAUGUUGAAAUGCUUUUCAUAAAUGGACUAGAUCCUCUUGCAACGUUAAAGUCUAUAUAAAGUUUUAAAUUGAUCUGAACAGAAAGAAAAUGUUUUAAAGUUGGGUUUAUAUUUUUCUUUAAUGUAGUCACCAUUAAAAUGUGCUAGAUUUAACACUUCCUUCCCCCACCAAAAAAACAAAAGCAACAAAACCAAAAAAUCCCAGUGACUUUAGUUGAAAAAUUGUGGAAAUUGUGGUGCACUGUGUAACAAAAAUGUUAACACCGAGUCAGGUGUGUGCAUUUACCUACCAUAUAUACUGCCAUUUAUCAAUAGGGUUUCUGUUUUUAAUUUAGCUAAGUCUUAAGUAAAUUAGCAUCGUUAGUUUUUUCAUCUCUUUUGAUUCAGCCCUUUGUGGGGUGGGGGUAGUAUGUCAUAGCCAAUACUUUUUAGUUAUUUUGAAAUGCAGUGCCUAUUCACUGCAGAUUCUUUAGUAUUUUGAAAUUGUUCCAUCCAGAAGAUGUUUCUAGCUACAUAAUUUUAAAGGAAAUGUUUCCCCUUCCAAUGAAACAUGUAAUUUAAGACAUUUCUUCCUUUUCCUAUCUCUUAUCCCCAUUAAAAAAAAAAAAGAGUAAAGGUCUUAGGUCAAAUUUAAUAACUUUGUCAUUCAGACAUAUCAGUAUCCCCGUUUUUUUUUUUUUAAGAGUCAACUGAGGAUUACCAAGAAAAGGCCCAGUGUAUUAAUACCUGUGUUAUGGUAUUUUGACUUAAAGGGGAAAAGGUACUUAAUUUUGGUGGAAUGUUUGAUUGUACCUUGUUGCAAAGACUCCUCAUUCAUUUUCUGAUAUGUUUUCACCUAAUAAGAUGGAAUAUGGAGUAUACUGUAAUAAUAUAAUUUAAUUGUUCAUUAUAAGCUAUUUGGAUUAAGAACUAUUACAGAGUUGUAAACUUGUUAUCAAAUUAAUGCAAGACAUUUAAACUAUUUUUUUGCAAAACUAUUUAUUUUUAAACAAUUUAAAGUAUAUCUAGGGUGAGUUAAAAGUCCCUGUGCAUCUAUAUUAGAUGGCAGGCAUUGUCACAGAGUCACUGUGUGUUAAUAAUAAGUGUUGAGAUGGCUUCUCCGUGUUUCUAGAAGCAUUGACAUGUACUCUUUGUGAGACCGUGGUGCACAGAGGUCUUUGGACUGCCCUGAACCCUGUCUUGUGUGGGCGUAGCCUGUUCCCCACGCCUUCCUCAUGAUAACCAUGUGUUUAAGAUCGAGCCAUUUGGUUUCAAGUUAAGAUCAUCCUGAUUUCCAUAUAAAUGUCUUAAAAAUUGUAUUUUGUGUUUUUAUGGAGGGCAAGUCUUGAUACUGUUCUAAUUCAGAAAGCCAAUUCGUAGUAUACUUUUGUAUGUUCAUAAUAUAAAAUACCUUUAAGUAAAAUGCCCUAUUCUAAUCCAAUUUCAGAUUGCUAGGGUCUGAUAGUGUAUCAAUAAAAAUAAAAGUGUUUGCCAAGAAAUCAUUUACAAACAGAAAGGAAUAUUGCAAUUUUUUUUUGCUUUUGUUUAGAGAGAACCAUUUGGCAGAGGCAGCACAACAUAAUGUGAACAAUUGGCUUUAUGGGCUAGUAAAAUGGUCUGGUUAAAAAUGGAAAGGGGAAAAAGAGAAGUCUUCUUCCUGUAGUUUUUGUGCAGGUAGCAUUUGGGUGAAUUUCUGGAUUCCGUUGAAUGGUGGCUUAGAUGACAUGGGUGCUGCUUAUAAGUGAUUUUUUAAAUGUUUGCUUCUGAAAAUCUGAGCUCAAGGCAAGAGAAACACAGGAAAGCUGUAUCCUUCUGUCGUACGAAAUGAAUCAGAGUUGCUUUUUAUCAAAUAUCUCAUCCCAGAAACAUGAUGGAAGCCAGAAGCUAUUUCCAGGCUUACUAGGACACUAUUGUGCAUUUUUUUUAAACAAAUAAUAAGAAAGCAUAGAAAGUACUUGAAAAAGUCUCCUUUCUCUUUCUAAGGAAAACUGUGCCCCAUUUUGGUGCAAUAAUUUGAAAAUUUUAGAAGGUCAAAAAUGUCACAGGAAACGAUCAUAGAAUUUAAAAUAGUUUUUAAGGAAACCAGCUACACAGGGCAACCAUCUUGCUGUUAAAAGAAAUCGUGCCAAAAGGCUAAACCAUUGGAAUAUAGGAAAUAAAACCCAAGUACAAUAUACGUGAUAAUUUCUGAGCCAGUAUUACUAAAACAGGAUAAAAUUUACUGAAAUCUUCAGUAGGUUAUAUUCAGUGUCCCUGCUAGUGCUACCAGUCUGAAUCUCUUUCUUAACAAUGCUUUCAGAAUGCCAAUUUUGAUCAUUGUACAGUUCACAUUGUAUAUGAGAGAGAUUUGCUUUAUGAAUGAUUCAAAAUAAUCCAUUUUAAAUCUUCAUGGCUUUUCAUCCAAUGUGAAGUCUUAAUUUGAAAUCACACUACCAGCAAUAGACAGUUUCGUUGAAAACUCUAAUAAGGAACACUUGCCAGUUCCAUAAAUAACUUUAAAAUUCUAAAACAAAGUAUUGGUACGCUAGUAAUCACAAAUUCGGUUUCUUUUAAUACUUUUUUAAUCCUGUAAAGAAGAUUUUUUAUAAACAUCCUUUUUAUUAAUCAGUCAUAACAUGGCGAAUGUGUAGUUGCUGUUUCUGAAAAGUGAUCCAACCUCUACUUCCAGAGAUGAUGAAAAAUUCUUAUAGAAUUUUGUAAUAAGUAUACAUGUUGGGUUAAAGAGAUUUUAUAGUUGUCGGAGUGCCAUGGAAUUAAUACUUGCAAUCCAGAUUGCUGUAGUUUACACUUUUUCUGUAUGUUUCGAAUCAGGUGUGUACCAUUUGUACUGAGAACACCACAGAAUGAAUUAUCCAAAGUCCAUUGAUUUUAAUACGUGUUUUGGUUUGUAAACAAACUAUAGUAAUUUCUUGCACAUUUUUGGAGAUUAAUCGUAUAAAGAAUUUAUGUAUCUGCUUCUGGAUACAAUGUGUAAAUAAAAAUUUCGUUCACAAGA